UAGCCACGCUUCUUCUCGCACCGUUGCAGCAGGCAUCGUCAUGGCAUUGUGAGAUAAUAUCAUCGAGCGAGCCGAGCUCGAUCGAUCACCAUGGAGGACCACCAGCAGCAGCAGCCGCCGCCGGCCGCUCCGGCGCCGGCUGCCCCGCCGCAGUACCGGGGCGUGCGGCGGCGGAAGUGGGGCAAGUGGGUGUCGGAGAUCCGGCAGCCGGGCACCAAGGUCCGCGUCUGGCUCGGCAGCUUCGACUCCGCCGAGGCCGCGGCGGUGGCGCACGACGUGGCGGCGCUGUGCCUGCGCGGACCGCGGGACGCGCAGCUCAACUUCCCGGGGUCCGCGGGCUGGCUGCCCCGCCCCGCCAGCGCCGACCCGGCCGACAUCCGCGCCGCCGCGGCGGAGGCGGCCGAGCGCGUGCGCCGCGAGCCGGCGCUCGUCGCCGCCGAGCCCCCGGCGGGCCGCCUCGACCUGGCCGUGGGCGGCGAGUUGGACGACGACAUGGAGUCGUCGCCCCGGCUGUGGACCGAGAUGGCCGAGGCCAUGCUGCUGGACCCGCCCAAGUGGGGCCCGGAUGGCAGCGACGGCUCCGAGGGCUCCGCCUCCCAGCAUUGGCCCGAGGGAUCCCUGUGGGACGCAUGCUAGAUUUUUUUUUUCGAAAAAAAUGCCUGAGCGCGUAUUACAGGAGGGAACGCAUGCUAGAUUGCUACGCCGCCACGUAACCAUGGCCAGCAAUUAAUUAAUUAAGCACAUCGCCGAUCAAUCUCCAAAUACUAUUGUAAUGCAGCAAAUAUGCGGUACUGC